AGGCCGAGAGAGGAAGGAGGCGUAGGCUGAGGAGGAAGAGGGAGGAGGGGCAGGGAAGCCCUGGCUGAGAAGAGGCCCAAGACGCCAAAGGAGACAACAGGAGGGUGCGCUGGAGCUCCCUAGCUGCCCAACGGCCGUUCCGGAUCCCUUAAGGCGCAAGUCAGACACAGACGAGGAAAGGAGGAAGAGACUUUUAUGUCGGCAGACAGAGAAGCUCUACCCGUCACCGUUGCCUCACAUCCGGGGCUUUGGAGGGCUGGCCCCCGCGGCCCCGCCCCCCCCCCCUCGCGCCUUUCAUGGCGACCGGAGGCGGAGGCUGGAAGAGCUGGGCCUGGAAGAGGCCCCUUUAAAUCUCCUUAAAGGGGUGGCCACUGAACUCGGCGGACUACAACGCCAGUCUUAAAGGGGAAGCCGCCGAACAGAAGCUGACAAAUUUGUGAACUGUGCUGUUGGGAGAACUGGAGCGAGUGAAGAUUCUCACCUCUUAUUCGCCCCCACGCAAGAAGUCCUUUAACUUCAGCUUAAAGGGGAAGUGGCCGCUUGUGGGGGACUAGAAACGAACUCCCGAGCCCUUAAAGGGGGGCGGCCUGCUGUUUUGAGGACCCUGGACUCCUUAAAGGGGUGGCCUCUUUUAGCCGGAGGACUUGAGGCACUUUUAAAGGGGAGGUCUGCGUUUCGGGGCGAGCUUUCGGUCCCUUUUAAAGGGGUGGCCCUUCCUCUUCCUCGGGGAGACUGGUCUCGACCCCUGGCAGGGGGCGGCCACCGCAGUAGGCCAGCCGGACACUAUUGGGUCGUCUUAAAGGGGCCAGGGGCUGGACAAUUUGAGGCCUCGCCUUAAAGGGACGGCCGCCCCGUUUUUGCAGUCUCGGCCCCGCCGGCCCCACGGGGGAGGGGGACCCUCGGGCUUGUCGCCCCGGGGGCGGCGCCGGCUCCCCAGGCCUUGGCCUUGGGGCAAGCUCAGGGCCGGCCGAUCCUGCUUUAAAGAGGAAGCCGUGGCCCUCUCGUCCCUGUGCAGCCGCCAGCGCCGCGCCUGCCAUCCCAGGCCUGCGGACAGGCCGUUUCUGGCCCCGCUGCCUCCGGAUGCGGCACUGAGGGCGGUCGCCAUGGAGACAGCCGCGGCUCCGGGCCCGGGCUGGGCCGCUGAAGGAGAGCGGCGGCGGCGGCGCUGCUCGCGCCGAGACCGAGACCGGGAACAGCGGCGCCGCCGAGGUCCUGGCGGCGACGCGCCCCGGGCCCUGUUGGCCGCCCCGCGCGGCUCCUCGUCUUCGUCGUCGCCGCCGCCGCCCGCCAGGCCCUGGUCGUCAGCUUCAUCUGGAGAGCGGCCGGGAGGCCCCAGACGGCGGCGGCCGCGUCCCAGGCCUCGGCCCCCGCGACCCCGAGCUCGGAAGCGGCCUGCUGGCUCGGGCAGCCGCGGGGAGGAGGAAGAGGAGGAGGAGGAGGAGGAGGAGGGGGGCGCAGACGACGGGGAGGCCGAGGAGGAGCCUGAGGAGGAGGAGGAAGAGGAGGAGGACUUGAUCGAUGGCUUCGCCAUAGCCAGUUUCGCCAGCCUCGAGGCCUUGCAGAAGGAUGCCUCUCUUCAGCCCCCAGAGCGACUGGAACAUCGGCUAAAGCAUUCUGGGAAGCGGAAGAGGGGCGGCUCCAGUGGGGCCACUGGGGAGCCAGGGGACAGCUCUGAUCGGGAGCCUGGCCGGCCCUCUGGGGAUCGGGCCCGAAAAUGGCCCAAUAAGCGGAGAAGGAAGGAGGCCUCCUCCCAUCACUCCCUGGAAGCUGGAUACAUAUGUGAUGCGGAAAGCGAUCUGGAUGAGAGGGUCUCCGAUGAUGACCUCGACCCAUCCUUUACUGUCUCAACCAGCAAAGCCUCAGGCCCCCACGGCGCCUUCAAUGGGAACUGUGAAGCAAAACUCUCCGUAGUCCCUAAAGUGUCGGGCCUGGAGCGGAGCCAGGAGCAGCCCCCAGGGCCCGAUCCGCUGCUAGUGCCUUUCCCCCCGAAGGAACCACCACCUCCACCAGCCCCUCGGCCUCCUGUCUCCCCCAUUGUACCCCUGCCGGCCGCCCCCAGUCUGCCGCCCCCGCCCCAGCUGCAGCUUCGGGUCUCACCCUUUGGCCUCCGCACUUCUCCCUAUGGCAGCAGCCUGGACCUCAGCACUGGCAGCUCUUCACGGCCGCCCCCCAAGGCCCCGGCCCCUCCCGUGGCUCAGCCUCCCCCCUCAUCAUCCUCUUCGUCCUCUUCCUCCUCAUCUGCCUCCUCCUCGUCCGCGCAGCUCACCCACCGGCCCCCGACGCCCUCACUGCCCCUGCCUCUGUCCACCCACAGCUUUCCCCCACCAGGGCUGCGGCCUCCCCCACCGCCUUCCUUGUUCUCCCCUGGCCCUACCCUGCCCCCACCCCCACCCCUGCUGCAGGUGCCAGGGCACCCUGGGGCCUCAGCUGCUAACGCCCUUUCUGGUGAGUUUGGGGUCCUGGCUGGGAGGUGGGAGGCCAUGGCCCUGGGCUUGGGCCCAGCAGCUGUGGGGCAUUUGGACGUUAGCAGACAGCAGGGCUUGAGGAGGGAGUGGCUCCAGGCACUGAGGGAAGGCCAGUCACCUGGGCCCAAGGAGGCUGACAUGGUGGCGACAGGUAUUACAGCCUUCUUCCCUCCCCACCUCUCCCCUCCCACAGAGCAGGACCUGAUCGGCCAGGACCUGAACUCUCGCUACCUGAAUGCCCAGGGUGGCCCCGAGGUGGUGGGGGCAGGGGGCUCGGCCCGGCCCCUGGCCUUCCAGUUCCACCAGCACAACCACCAGCACCAGCACACCCACCAGCACACCCACCAGCACUUCACCCCUUACCCCCCGGGCCUGCUGCCACCCCACGGCCCCCACAUGUUUGAGAAAUACCCAGGAAAGAUGGAAGGCCUUUUCCGGCAUAAUCCCUACGCGGCCUUCCCUCCUGCCGUGCCCGGCCUGCCUCCGGGCCUCCCGCAGGCUGUCUCCUUUGGCUCCCUGCAGGGGGCUUUCCAGCCCAAGAGCACAAACCCCGAGCUGCCACCACGACUGGGGCCAGUGCCGAGCGGGCUUCCCCCAAAGGGGACGCAGAUCCCCGACCAUUUCCGGCCACCUUUGAGGAAACCAGGGAAGUGGUGUGCCAUGCAUGUGCGCGUGGCUUACAUGAUCCUGAGACACCAGGAGAAGAUGAAGGGCGACUCCCACAAGCUUGACUUUCGGAACGACCUCCUGCCCUGCCUUCCGGGGCCCUACGGGGUCCUGCCCACUGGCCAGGAGCUCUCCCACCCAGCCGCCUCCCUCUUCACUGCUACUGGUGCCGUACACGCUGCAGCCAACCCGUUCACAGCACCUCCGGGGGCCCACGGACCCUUCCUUAGCCCGAGCACCCACAUUGAUCCCUUUGGGCGUCCCACAAGCUUCGCCUCGUUGGCUGCCCUUUCCAGCGGGGCCUUUGGCGGCCUGGGCAGCCCCACACUCAACUCUGGCGCCGUCUUUGCCCAGAAAGAAAGCCCAGGGGCCCCACCAGCCUUCGCUUCCCCCCCAGACCCGUGGGGCCGCCUGCACCGCAGUCCGCUGGCCUUUCCUGCCUGGGUCCGGCCUCCUGAGGCCGCCCGGACUCCAGGCUCAGACAAGGAGCGACCUAUGGAGCGAAGGGAGGCCUCGCUCAGCAAGGAGGACAAAGACAGGGACCUCCCCUUCUCACGGCCCCAGCUGCGAGUGUCUCCUGCCACCCCCAAGGCCCGGGCCGGAGAGGAAGGGGCCCGGCCAGCCAAGGAGUCUGUGCGGGUGAAGGAGGAACGGAAGGAGGAGGCUGCUGCCGCCGCCGCUGCUGCAGCAGCUGCCGCCGCUGCCGCGGCUGCUGCUGGGCCCCAGGGCCUCCACUUGCUGUUUGAGAGGCCCCGGCCACCCCCCUUCCUGGGCCCUAGCCCCCCGGAGCGCUGUGCGGGCUUCCUGGAGCCAGCCUGGCUGGCAGGGCCCCCUCGUCUUGCAAGGCCGCCUCGCUUCUAUGAGGCAGGCGAGGAGCUGACUGGACCAGGGGCAGUGGCCGCUGCCCGCCUCUAUGGUCUGGAGCCGGCCCAUCCCCUGCUGUAUAGCCGCCUGGCCCCCCCGCCACCGGCUGCGGCCCCGGGAACCCCUCACCUUCUCAGCAAGACCCCACCAGGAGCCCUUUUAGGGGCGCCGCCUCCACUUGUGCCCGCCCCCCGGCCUGGCUCCCCACCCAGGGCCCCUGGUCCAGCCCGGGCUGACAGGUGAGGGGAGGGCCGGGGCAGGGGCCAAGCUCCAUCCCCCUUUCCUCUUGACAAGGUCCUAGAGCUGAGGUUUCCAGCCAGGGCUGGAGGGCAGAUGGCAUGACCUCACCAGCCACCUCUGAGGUCAUGGAACCUGAGAGCAGAGCCCCAACCUCCGUGAGAUCAAGCAUCAGAUGAACCUUGGGGUCACUGGGAGGGUAGAGGUCACAGCCUCCAGAGAGAGGGGGUGUGUGUGUGUGUGUGUGUGUGUGUGUGUGUGUGUGUGUGUGUGUAUAUACACAUAAAUGAGAGUGAGGGUCAUUUCAGGGGUCGUAGCUCAUGACCACCUGAGGUGUACCAUCUCCCCUUAUGAGGGCCCCUAGGCCCUUGGCCUGCCUCCCCAAGGGCUCACUAAGCCAGAGGCCAAAGUGCCCCCCCCUUCACCUACCACCCAAGUCCUCAGGCCCUCUUAGGGCUGGGGGAGGAGGGGCUAAAGGAAGGGGGGUUCCAUGUACAUAUUUAUCUCUUCCACAUAGCCCUCCAGACCUUUUGUACAUUUUUACAGGGGUGCCCCUCCCAAUAACCCCCCUUCCUGGUUAAUUAAAUCCUCAGACUGGUGCUGUGUUCCUAGCCUCUGGCCUCUCUGUGGGGAGAGGGGAGAUGGCAGGGGGCAUUGCUGGAAGGGGACAGGCAGGCCCGGGGUUCUCCCUGGGAAUGUGGGGUCUGGCAGGAGGUGGACCAAUGGGAAGGGACCUGGGUGCCAGGCUGGGAAGAAGGGCACGUGCUUCCUGCUUGUCUGACAGCCCGGUUCCCCCACUUGUUCCUGUUACCCCUGUGUGUCCCCAUCCCCAGUGGCUCAACCUCUAAGCUUCAGAAUCUACUUAGCGACUCAGUGCCCCCAAUCCAUGUCCAAGUGCCCCCAGGACUCCUGGGCCCUGCUCUCCAGAACCCUGUUCCCAGAGCCCUGCCCCAGGCUAAGGGGGGCCAGAGGAGGUCACCAUGUACCACACACCAAAGAAGGGGGUCGGCCUGGGGGGGGGGCCACACAGGUAGCUCUGUCAGCAGCCUCUCUGCAGUAGCCCCAGCCUUCCCAAAGCAGCAGGUGCCCCCAGGCUGGGGCCCAACCUUGAAGGCAGGGGUCAGUUUCACAAAAACAUAAUGUUGACUUUUUUCCCAGGUGGGGCUUAUUCUGUAAUAUGACUUCCGGAUAUUUAUAUAAAAAUGAGUGUUACAAUGAG